CCACAGGAGAGCAAUCAAUACAAAGAAAUGCAAAGAAAUGGUCAAAUGCCUCUGCUUUUACCAGGUGCAAUGCAAAGACAUACCGGGAGAGCACACUGGAAUUAGGAUUACACUGCAAAAAGAGCAGAGCAACGACCAAAAAGAAAUAAAACCAUGGAAGAAACCGAUGAGAAGAGUUUUCUCAGCUCCAUAUAUCCCCUUCUUCUUCUUCUGCAGAAAUCCACACUAAACCCUGGGUAUCCCCAACUUAUUAGCACAAAAACACCCCACUUUCCUCAUCAUCAUGUUGAUAUGGAGGAGAUAUCUGAUGACAAGACCCAUGUCCACCUCGUCGUCCGCGACAACAAUCGAAGGCCUUCGAUGGUGGGAACGAGUGGGACCAGCCCCUAAAGACCCAAUCUUGGCUGUCUCCGAGGCUUUUCUUGCUGAUUCUAGUCCUCUCAAGAUCAACCUUGGUGUGGGAGCUUACAGAGAUGAUGAGGGGAAACCUGUGAUUCUUCAGUGCGUUCGAGCUGCUGAGGCCAAGAUUUCUGGUACCCAAUUCUUGGAGUCACUUUCAAGUGCAGCGAGUACCAAAUUAGUUGAGGAUAGUGUACAAUUGGUAUAUGGAAAGGAUUCAGAUAUUGUCAAAGAAAGGAGGUUUACCGGGCUCCAGGCUCUUUCAGGCACUGGUGCAUGUCGGCUCUUUGCUGAGUUCCAGCGGCAUUUUUAUCCUGAAUCACAUAUCUAUUUACCUGUUCCUACUUGGUCCAACCACCACAACAUUUGGAGGGCUGCCCAAGUUCCAGUAAGAACCUUCCACUACUACCAUCCUGAUUCCAAGGGCUUACAUUUUGCAGCACUCAUGGAUGAUAUAAAGAAUGCCCCAGAACAUUCGUUCUUCUUACUCCAUCCUUGUGCUCACAACCCAACUGGUGUUGACCCUACUGAGGAACAGUGGAGAGAAAUUUCGCAUCAAUUCAAGGUGAAGAACCAUUUCCCUUUCUUUGAUACGGCUUAUCAAGGUCUUGCUAGUGGGGAUCUUGACAGGGACGCCAAGGCUAUCCGGAUAUUUCAUGAAGAUGGACAUUUGAUAGGUUGUGCUCAGUCAUUCGCAAAAAUCAUGGGACUCCAUGGGCACCGAGUGGGUUGUCUUAGUAUUCUUUCUGUGGAUGAGAAGCAAGCAAUUGCAAUCAGAAGCCAGCUUCAGCAGAUUGCCAGGGCAAUGUAUGGCAGCCCUCCUGUUCACGGCAGCUUGUUAGUCUCCACAAUCCUCGGAGAUCCAGAGUUAAAGGCACUUUGGGAAGAAGAAGUGAAGGUAAUGGUUGAUCGCAUUAUCAGAAUGCGAGCUGCUUUGCGUCGUAGUCUCGAGAAAUUGGGUUCUUGUCUCAACUGGGAGCACAUAACUAACCAGGUUGGAAUGUUUUGCUUCUCUGGCUUAUCCCCUGAACAGGUUGAUCAGUUAGUGAGGGAAUUCCAUAUAUACAUGACUUGUGACGGCCGCAUAAGCAUGGCAGGAGUAACUACAAGCAAUGUGGAUUAUUUGGCAAAUGCAAUACAUGAAGUUAGUAGAUACUGAGUUAAAUGAAUGAAGAGAAGAUAUGCUUCAAUGCAUCGAAUUUGUCGGCAGUUAAUGAUUGAAAGCAGGGAAGAAGAUGCCUUUAACCAGAAACACCCACACAUUCAAGGUUGUUAGUUAUGGAUCCUUUUCAUUCUUCCCUUUUUGAUACGGAUCUCCAUCAGUCCAUGUAACCUCAUUAAUUGAAAGGUUUAAGAAAAAUCAUUUAUUUUUGGGUACAAUUAAAGAAAGAUCUUCUGUUGGGUAUGAAAAAUAUAGAAAUCAGGGUAAUUCUAAUGAGACGAAGAUGUGCGUAACAGGGUUUGAUAUGAAAUUUAAUGUACGUUUCAUUUUGUU